UUGCAGGUGAUAAAUGCGUGGAAAUGGAUCAAACUGGUGCAUGGUUGGAAGCGGAAGCCGUUCACCGCCGAUUCACCGCUACCAUCGGACAUACGAAUUUCGGUCAAAGUGCAGCUACAGAACAACUAUGAAUUGAUGGUUGACGAAGUGUAUGAAUGUGAGCGCCGACGUCAAAUGUUGGACCAGAAAUUGGAGCACUUCCGAAAGACACACCCGCUUCUGCCGCGUUCGUUGCAUAUAAAUUUGUCGCUCUUCGUCUGUGUAGUUUUCUCUUUCUUCUUUGAAAAAAAUUAG